AACAGCGGUUCAGAUAGAGAACGAUCGCCUGCACGAUCGAGUUAUGACGGAGGAUUACAUGUUGUCCGUUUCAUUUGGUAAAAUUGGCAGGCCAAACUCGUUCCAUUUAUUAGUUUAACGGACUAAAAAAAUUACAAUCAUCUAUCAAACGAGAGUUCUUCAUUUGUGUUGCCAUUUUAGUUCCAUCGUCUUCGGCUGUCUGCUGCUGCAUAUUCUCCCGUUGCAGAGAUUCGACAUCUGCUGUUUGGUUCGUGUAAACAAGAGGACGGUGCCUACUACGUACACGCACAAUCGAUCGUAAUAGGGUCCAACAUCAACCUGUGCUUUAUUGCUGGGUUUUCUACGCCCUCCACAAUGAGCUGAUUAUCACGGAAGAAACUUGACGGUGACUGUCGCCUUCGUUAACAUCAAAUCAUGCCAUCGGCUUGCUGCGCAAAAAAUGCUGCCCCUCUUUUUCUUGCUUUCUGGAUAACAGCUCAUCACCUGCUUCUCGCAGUCGGAUCGCAGCGGGUGACCCCAUUCAACGUCACAGUCAAAGAGCUCAGCUCGUCUUCUGCCUUAGUCACCUGGUCUCUCUUUGCUGAUGAGAGCCCUCCGGUUUCGUCUAACCACACGGCCGACAGCGCACAGCAGCCGUUUCGAUUGGAGAUCACAUAUCGACCGUAUCGGCAAAGGCAGAGAAUGAUUAUCGCUGUUCCAGCAGACGUGACAUCGUACAUUCUUAGCGAUUUAAGGCCAGGUAGCGAUUACAUGGUCAGAGUAACAAGCGUAACGAAAGGCCAUCGGAUACGUAGCCAGCCCGUCCGGCUGUCCAUGUCGCAGGUGAUGUCGGCUGGACCAGCACCUGAUGAAGUUGAUGGAGUUUACCUAUCACCGCCAUCAUAUCCUCCUCAUUUAAUGGGAGAUGGUUUCUCACCUCUGCUGCCUCCAUUCAUUGCACCUCCGCCGCCAUCGAGUCAAUCCCGCAAUUAUCGGCCAACGGGAAAUUUCACGUCCAUUUUGGCCGAUUACCGAUUCCCGCCAACAGCCAACAGUGCGGGAGUAGUUUACGUGCGCGGCGAAGAAGUUGGAAUUGUUAUCCUGGUUCUCAUAGUUUGGGUAGCCGCUGUGGCGCUAUUUUUCCAUCGCUGGGGCAAGAUAAGGAUGCUGUUACCUUAUCAACCCGUAUUCAAAGAAGAGGAACCGGUCAUUGUAGGCUGUUCACCAUCGCCGACGCCGUUGCAGCUCUCUCAGCCUUCGCAACUAUUACCGUCGUCGAGUCUCUCGCAAUCGCAGCCGCCCGUUCCACCAUCAGCCGUUCACGUUAGCGCCAAUAAGUUCGUUUCGCUCGAUCCGGCCGCUAUCCGCCGCAAUCAGUUUAUGCUCCAUUCCAGGUUGGCCAGAAUGCAAGCUUACACGGAGCGGCGUAACUGGCCAGCAUCUAUGAGUAGGUUGGAUCAAAAUUGCAUCAUUGUCGGACGAAGUCCUUUGCCGGCCGUUCGGCAGAAAAUCUACGCCAACCGGCGAGCCAACACGAUCGCGGUAGACACGUGCGACUGUUGCGAACGUCCCAUCGGCUACUGCCGGAAGCAAAACGAUCCCAAUCACAGUCGUUAUCACCAACGUGGAAUUCAUCAAGCGAAAUUCGCCAGCGGUUCCGGCUGCAGUUGCGAGGAGCCCCGCAAAGAGCAUCCGCGUAAGGCGCACAGUGCUGAGGUCAUUACGCUCACCGUCACCUCGUGUGACAGCCCAACUAACAGCGUACGCUCAAACAGCACUCCAGAGUUACCGGAACAUGUGAAUUCGCCCUUUUCGGCGAGGCCGCAACGGCCUAAUAAUUUUCGUCGCGAAGAAACGAGGACAGCAGAGUGUUCCCUUUAAUCUCGAAAGUGAAACAGCUGAAAUGGUUGAAUUUUCAGAACUCUUCCCAUUGUUUUUAUUAGUAUUUGCCAGUUUUCCGCUAUCUGAUGAUAGUUUGAAAGAUGACAUGUUUUCAACGGGAAUCGCCUAUAGGACAAUAGUAAUCAAGUUUGGUCCAAAUGUACUAUAUUGCAGACUGUCGGGGUUGCAUGACCUGAUUUUUCUUCUUCUAACUUGUGUGACUUGUUGUCCGGCCCGGUGACCCUUCAUUCGUGACCUUUUUUUGAACUUCUUUAUUUCUUUAUUUUAUUUUUUUACCCGGCCAAUGACCUAGUUAUCUCUUUCUUAAUAGACUUAGUUUCCCUUUCCCUCCGCUUUGUCGUGUAGCUAGACAUUAAUUCUUUGUUGGAUCGAUUCUACAAUUCCACCAUGUUUUUCUCUAUAGUCUAUAGAUUCAUUGAGCCAUCGUGUUUUCAAUAGCCUCGUAAAUUUGCAGCCAGAUGUAGCCUAUCUCACAUUUAUUUCAGCACUACAAAGUGGAUUUGUGUAUAUCGCCAACCUGAUCGAUUUACUAUGAGACAUUUACCCUUAUUCAUUAUGUAUAGACCCCGUAAUGUCCAGCUCACUUCGCGAGCAUGUCGAACUGGUUUUCUUGUGAUUUCUUGUGUUUAUUCAUCAAGACAAUUAUCGUUUAUCAUCAUCUCAACGCAAAAAUUACUCAAAUCACAAUCGAGUAUCACGCGUUCGUGAGUUUGGCUCUGUUUUUUUUUAGAUUUGCGUGUAUGAAUGUUGUGAAAAGGUGUAUAUCUUAAACUUGGGAUGAGGUUGAAGAUGGAUGGAAUACAAGUGGCGUACUAUUACUACCAA